ACCGCCCACCACGCCAGCCUCCACUCCCUCCCUGCCCGACCAAGUCCCGACGCCGCGCCCGCAACCAGCCGUCCUCCAGCUCACCUCCAUCUCCCGCCACGCGCCCGCUUUAAACUUCUCCCGCCCCCUCCUCCUUCACCAAAUCCUAUAUAAACUGGGCCACGUUCCCACUCCUCCGUCGCCGAGCAAGGAGCAGCCACGAACCGAGACCCCAUCGCCAUUCGCCACCAAGAUCAAUUCGAGCUAGACAAGAUCACAAGACAUGGAGUACGACGAGCAGGAGUCGCCGGAGGCCGCCGCCGGGGAGGAGUACGCCACGGUCAUGUCCGCGCCGCCCAAGCGCCCCGCGGGGCGGACCAAGUUCCGGGAGACCCGCCACCCGGUGUACCGCGGCGUGCGGCGGCGCGGCCCCGCGGGGCGCUGGGUCUGCGAGGUCCGGGAGCCCAACAAGAAGUCCCGCAUCUGGCUCGGCACCUUCGCCACCGCCGAGGCCGCCGCGCGCGCGCACGACGUCGCCGCGCUCGCGCUCCGGGGCCGCGCGGCCUGCCUCAACUUCGCCGACUCGGCGCGCCUGCUCCGCGUCGACCCGGCCACGCUCGCCACGCCCGAGGACAUCCGCCGCGCCGCCAUCGAGCUCGCCGAGGCCUCCGCGCAGCAGGACGCCGCGGCGGCGGUCGCCUCCUCGUCGUCCGCGGCCGACGCGGCGGCACCGAUGGCGAUGCACCACCAGCAGGACGCCGCGCCCUACGACUACGCGGCAAUGUACGGCAACAUGGACUUCGACCAACCGUACUACUACGACGGUAUGGGCUGCGGCGCCGUUGGGGGCAACGACUGGCAGGCCGGCUGGCAUGUGGACGCGGACGACGACGGCGCCGGCGCCGCCGGCUGCGGCAGCGACAUGACGCUGUGGAACUACUGAUGAGUUGGAUGGAGCAGCCUCGAGCUGGAUGAAUUCAGCUGCUACUCUAAAGUCUCAAGCAUAGGAGAUUGGAAGAGGAGAAGCUGAGUUGAUAGGUCCUUUUUUCCCGGAGGAUGUUGAAUUUAAAUUCAAGUUUGUAAGCGAGAGGAACGGCACAGAGCAUGCAACAAAAGCACUUUCGCCGUUCUUCUUUUGGGGGAAGGAAAUAAAGAAAACAACUCUGCCUAGAGUUAGUAUUUUUUGCAAGGAGGAAGAAAACAAAUAGACUUGGUGCUUACCUCAAGUAUUCAGCUGGAACCUGAGUAGAGUUAUCUUUUGAAAGAAAGGAGAAAACAAAUAGAUUUAGCUCCCUAUUUCUUCGUCAUCUUGUUUAUUUAUUUAUUUGAACGAGAGAAAACAAAUAGAUUUAGUUACUGCUUCA